GCAGGCAGGCAGAGGCGUCAACCGAUCCUGGAAUAAUACAUAAUACCUUGCCUGCUGCAGCACGCAUGCAGCCGUCGACUUAACUCUGCACCAUGGCCAUGCUUGCGUCAAAGUCGUUUCCGACCACAAUCGGGUCUCAGCCCUCGGGGGUCGUGACUACCGCGUCACAGGCUGCAUACCAACCCGCGAGACGAGCGCCCGCCACCGCAAUGGCGGCGCAAAACUACGCCAGCCCGACCGAGUCCGAGUUUGACGACGCCGAUGGGCCCGACGCCGUGAAGAACUGGGACGAGGACAGGGUGUGCGAGUAUCUGCGGAGCGUCAAGUGUGGCGAAUACGAGAAGGUGUUCCGCAAGAAUCACAUCAACGGCGAGAACCUGCUCGAAAUAGACAAGGAGGUCUUGAAGGAGAUGGGCGUCGAAAAGGUUGGCGACCGAGUACGCCUGUUCCUGGCCAUCAAGAAGCUGCGGACAAAGACGUACGCGAAUCAAAAGAGGCGACACAGGGAAUCCUUCGCAGGGCUUGAUGCCCAGUAUAUCCCCUCCUCCUCUUCGUCACCUCGCCCCGCUGGUGGCCGCGCGGCGCCUCCUGCGUCCUCGAACAAGAGGUACUCGCGCCAGUACGAUCUCUCAACCGCUGCUGUUGCUGCUGUUGACAGCUCGAAACCUUCAUCGCGACCGACAUCGCCACUCCCGAGCGCUGAGUUCAGAACCACCCGCCAGCGAUAUGCGCAACAGCAACAACAGCAACAGCCACAACCGUCACAGUCGUAUUCCGGGCAGUCAGCCACCGCGUCGGCGAGGUUCCCCUUGUCGCCCCCCGAGCAGCCGCACUCCGGCCGCCUGCACACGAGGAACCAGUCCAGCAUGGAUGGCUCGCUGAUGGCUGCUCUGCCCCCGGGCCAGGACGUCAUCCGCGUAAUUUCGACCGGCGGCGUAACCAAGGUUGUCAAGAUUGCCGACUGCAACACAUGCGAGGAGGUCAUGCGUGUCACGCUACGCAAAUUUGCGCUGAGGGAAGACCACGAGAGGAACUACUGCUUCUGGGUUCUCAACGGCGUGGAUCCCGACCCGAACCAGUGCCGGCGCCUGGGCGACACGGAGCUGUGGAGGGUCAUCAAGGACCACACGCGUCCGGAGCGAAACCGGUUGAUCUUGAGACGCGUGCCAGCCGGAGAGCCCGGGCAGUCGGAGCUUGAGAGGGCUGCAGCCAUCGCCAUGGAGGAGGCGCAGCAGAAUCACAACCGCGCCAUGGAGAACAUGGACAAACGGAGCCAGCUGAAGGCCCAGAAGGUUCUCGGUGAAACGUGGGAGACCAUCCAGCAGCCUCCUCUUUCACCUGUCUCAUACCAAGACCGCGAGAGAUACAACGCGGCCAUGGACCUGGAGCGGCCACCCGUGAUCGAGACGGCUCGGGCCGUACCACGCCGCAAGGGUUUACUGCGCCAGUUUGGCGGGCUGCGACCACCGAGCGAGUUGAUCGCCUCGGACCUCACCAGCUACUUCCCCGACCACUCCAGGGAGGCUAUUGACCGGACGGCUCGCAUGUCCAUGAGGCGGUCGCAGCGUCUCAGCAGGGUCAACCAUCGCUUGAGCGUGGCGAGCACGCUGAGCUUUGCCUCGAGCAUCCAGGAUGCGCCGCCGAUCCCGACCAUCGCAGAUAGCUGGCUUACUGCUUCCAACCAGAUCGCCAAGGUCCGCCCGCGCGAGCCGCGUUUUCCUCAUGGCUACCGAGACUCGGUUGCCUCCUCGGUGCUCGACACCCUGCAGGAAGAAUCGUCGCCGAUGGAGCCGAACAGGAAAUCCUACGUCUCCUUUGCCGACAGCGGCUCCGACACGGCUGCGCUGAGCAUCACGGAUCCCGACGGCAACGUCGUCCGGCACAGUUACUUUGACGGGAGUACGACCGGCUCGGGCGGCUCCGGAUCGCUACAGGAUGUCAACCAAGCCCUGACGGAGGACGGCGAGGACGCCGACGAAGAGCUGCAGAGCUUCCUCGCGGGCGAGUCAUGGGACGACAGCAAGUGGAUGAAAGGCGCUCUCAUCGGCCAGGGCUCGUUCGGCAGCGUCUACCUCGCGCUCCACGCCGUCACGGGCGAGCUGCUCGCCGUCAAGCAGGUCGAAAUGCCGGCGCCCGGCGCCAACAGCCAGAGCGACUCGCGCAAGAAGAGCAUGAUCGAGGCGCUGAAGCGCGAGAUCAGCCUGCUGCGCGACCUCCGCCACCCCAACAUCGUGCAGUACCUCGGCUGCGGCUCGUCGGCGGAAUACCUCAACAUUUUCCUCGAGUACGUGCCCGGCGGCUCGGUGCAGACCAUGCUCAACUCGUACGGCGCGCUGCCGGAGCCGCUGGUGCGCAGCUUCGUGCGGCAGAUCCUCAACGGCCUCUCGUACCUGCACAACCGCGACAUCAUCCACCGCGACAUCAAGGGCGCCAACAUCCUGGUCGACAACAAGGGCACCAUCAAGAUCUCCGACUUUGGCAUCUCCAAGAAGCUCGAGGCCUCCAACAUCCUCAACGGGCCCAACAAUAACAAGCACCGCCCCUCGCUGCAGGGCUCCGUCUUCUGGAUGGCCCCCGAGGUGGUCAAGCAGACCUCGUACACGCGCAAGGCGGACAUCUGGUCGCUCGGCUGCCUCGUCGUCGAGAUGAUGACCGGCCAGCACCCCUUCCCGGACUGCACCCAGCUGCAGGCCAUCUUCAAGAUCGGCGGCGCCAAGGCCACCCCCACCAUCCCCGAGCACGCCAGCGCCGAGGCCAAGCAGUUCCUCGCCCAGACGUUCGAGAUCGACCACAACAAGCGGCCCAGCGCCGACGACCUGAUGCUGAGUCCGUUCCUGACGCCGCCGGCUUGAUUGAUGGCCUCGCCUUUGCGCGGGGGUUGGUGCACUUCUCUUCUCUUCGCUCUUGGCUUUCUUCCUCGGUGUUCUACAUUCUCCAGCGAGCGGAUUUGUGCUGUCUUGCUGCUUGUCCUUUGCAAACAAAAGCGAGGUCACGGCAAUUCUUGA